UUUGGGAAUUUCUAAACACAGGAUUAGAGAAUAGAAAAUAACCUGGCGUCUGCUCUUGAGACUUGAGCAAGCAGUUUCGUGCAGUGGUGUCAAAGCAGGGUGCGGGGGAAAAGUGCAUACAAAGAAAAAGAUAGGAUUUACGAGCUGUUCAAAACAAUGGAAAAAAAAAAGGAGCGCAGGGAAGCAAUGCAGAGCCCCGAGUGCCACAGAGACACAGGGCUGAGGGACCGGCCAACAGGUAAUCACGAUCAAAGGACAUCGUCAAGUCCACAAAUAAAGCAUAGGAUGGCCGUUGAACGAAGCAAAUCCGCAGCGUCGGCCAGCUCACCAGAGUCGGCGAGAACAGCUCAUCCUCGACCGAGUGAUAAACUUAACCCUAAAACAAUUAACCCGUUUGGUGAACAAUCACGAGCCCCUUCUGCAUUUGCAGCUGUUUACUCUAAAGGAGGUAUUCCUUGCAGACUGGUCCAUGGGUCAGUAAAACACAGAUUACAGUGGGAAUGUCCUCCUGAAAAUCUUCCAUUUGAUCCUCUUCUCAUUACUUUAGCUGAGGGUCUGAGGGAGACUAAACAUCCAUACACCUUUGUUUCAAAGGAGGGUUUUAGAGAGUUACUGUUGGUCCAAGAUGCGCCUGAAAAAGCUGUGCCUUUGCUUCCUAGACUGAUCCCUGUGCUAAAGGCAGCCCUGGCUCAUUCGGAUGAUGAAGUGUUUGAAAGAGGAUUAAAUGCUCUGGUACAGUUAAGUGUUGUUGUGGGUCCUUCUCUAAAUGACCAUCUGAAACAUCUGCUUACAAGUCUUUCCAAGAGACUAAGGAAUAAGAAAUUUAAAGAGCCCAUCACUAGCGCGUUACAGAAGCUGGAGCAGCACGGUGGAAGUGGAAGCCUUAUCAUAAUCAAAGCUAAAAUUCCAACAUACUGCUCCAUAUGUUGUUGAAGAAAGGAGCUAGCUGACAAGAAUCUUCUUACUGCCUAGUGGCAAGUGUUCAUCACCAAUCAUGGAUACCUGUGGAGGCUUUUCAGAUUCAUCUCAGCUUGUGCUUUUGUAAAUCACAGCCACCAUUCAUCAUUUACUAGUGUAAGAUGGAUAUACAGAAUUCCACUGAAUCACAGGAAAUUAUUCAACAACAAAGAAGAAUGGUUAACGAUGGAAAGCUAUGUUAAAAGUUCUGUGACAGGACAG